CCCAUCGACCGUGGCUACCUCAUAAACUCUGACCUAGAACGCGACAUCUGGUCACACCUCUUCACUUCUCUCCUCCACAUCACUCCUUCCUCCUCCUCUCUCCUCCUCACUGAGCCACCACUCUCGAUCCCUUCCGUUCAGCGUUCCACCGACGAGCUUGUCUUCGAGGACUUCGGAUUCUCUUCUCUCUACGUAGCUCAUCCUCAGUCUCUUGUUCAUCUCUAUGAAGCUAGUCGUCAGCCUGAUUCAGUCCUCUCAAAGACUCAGUGUAGUCUCGUUGUUGAUUGUGGCUUCUCCUUCACUCACGCUGUUCCUGUUCUUCACAAUUUCACUCUUAAUCACGCCAUUAAGAGGAUUGAUUUAGGAGGCAAAGCUUUCACUAAU